UCUUUUUGCACACACAAUUGAAUCGCUGCUGACAUUAAAAAUAUAUUUCAGAAUUAAAUAGACUCUUGCAAAGGCAAAAUAGUGACAAAAAGUGAUAAAUUUCCGCAUUUCGAGCACACUUGAAUCAAAAGUCGCAGCGACACGCAAAAGAUACCCAAAUUUAAUCCGCCAAAUUAUUUAUCUAGCCGAGAAAUAAUUGAUUUUUACCUCUUUUUACCACACAACUGUAGAGUACGUAAUACACAAAGGAUAUCCCCAAAUAAUAUUACACACGUAGCGAGACGUCGACAUACACACAUUAUAAAGUGCAUUCAAAUGUUUGUCAAGUGUUCUUUUCAAAAAUAUAUCAUGUAGAGUUAAAAAUAAAAUACAAGUGCAAUCGGCGCGUUUGAUUUUUUUUUCUAUUUUUGGCAAAUUUUGUGACAUGAAUGAAAACAUUCAAAAAAUAAAUAAAUAAAGUUGUAAAUUAAAUUGAAACGAACAAAAAACAAAAUUGUCUGUAAUAAUCAAGUGCAAUGUAAUUCGAUACGUUAAAGAAAAAAAAAUAAUCCAAUUACAGUGUCAAGAGAUUUCCUUAUGGAAACUUUACAUCGUUAUUACAACACAACAAAAAUCGACAACAGCAUUCAGCAAUAUCAUCACACACAUAAAAAGAAAAUUACAAGUUGCAACAGCAAAAGCAUCACAAAAAUGUGUUCCAGCAGUUAUCGUUGUCAUCAUUGUCAGUAGCAGCAGCAGCAGCGUUCGCAUAAAAUUUUAUUAAGCGUUUGUUUUUUUUUUGUACUCCAACGUCUUCGUCUUCGUCACACAUGAGCAGAGCAAGCCGCUUGUUGCAUAAUUACCACACUGCGCCGUACAAAAACUGGAACAAAAGGCAUUCACACUUUUCAAUCGCCAGCAUCCAUCAUAAUUAUUGCAUGCAGCUACUUUAAAAAAUAAAAAAAAUAGUUACCAACAAAAAAUAGACAUUCCUCUUCCGUACAUUCGCAAUAGCAACAAAAAAAAAUAAAAUAAAAAUAAUAAUUAUAGAAAAAAAAUAUUUGAAAGAGAUAAUUAAAUUGUGUGCUUGCUUCAUAAUUUUUUAUUUGUCUUAAAUUUGAAUACAUUUCAAAAAAAUAGUUCGACAUUCACGUGACUCGCUAAGUGAUUCGCACACAAAAAAAUACUCACGCGAUUAAAAAAAGGAAAUAAAAAAUUGUUUAAUUAAAAAAAAAAAUUAAUAAGAAAAGAACAAUAGGUCACGCUUCCACAUUCCACAAAAAAAGCCAAGCAAAUGCAAUCCGCAGCAUGCCGAAGCCAACAUUAGAAGCAACAAGUCCCCAUGAAAUAUUAAUGUGUGCGUUAAAUGAUCUAAAACGGUCAUAAAACGUGUUUUGCAUGCCGAAGCGACGUCUUUUGGCGACGAGGAAAUAAAAUCUUCAUAGAGAGAAAGGCAAAAAAAAACUCGAAACAACCUAAAGGGAAAGGCAAUUUGAACCCAAUCGACACAAAAAAAAAGCUUUAAAAUUAGUCAUAAACGGAGAAGGAUGCGUAUUAGUCGUGUAGUGAAAAGUAAUAUGCGUAGAAACGUAAAAUUAGUGCUCCUUUUAGCUGUUAUCUGGAUCUUCCUCAUUUUGUAUUUCAUUCAAGGCGGCCAAAAGAACGAAAACCGUGCAUUAAGACUGCGAAAUGGUAUCACAGGACCUACGCUCGAUGAUCUUUUGACAUCAGCACGGAGCAGCAGUUACCAUGAAACAUCUUCACUGUCUCAGCAUCCCAUUCACUACUAUUUCGACGAGAAUAGUUACAUCAAACGGGGCUCCCUGCGACCUGGCGAGGAUCCCUAUGUGAGAAAUCGAUUCAAUCAGGAGGAAAGUGACAAGCUUUCGAGCAAUCGCGGGAUUCCUGAUACAAGGCAUUCGAUGUGCCGCAAAAAAACUUAUCGAAAUGAUCUUCCUAGUACAUCAGUUAUCAUUACGUUCCAUAACGAGGCUCGCAGCACUCUACUCAGGACAAUUGUAAGCGUACUAAAUCGAAGUCCCGAGCAUUUAAUUAAGGAAAUUAUUUUAGUAGAUGACUAUAGUGAUCAUCCUGAGGAUGGCUUAGAGUUAGCAAAAAUAGAAAAAGUAAGAGUAAUUCGUAACGACAAGCGCGAAGGUCUUGUCAGAUCGCGUGUGAGAGGUGCAGAUAUUGCCACAGCGGAGGUCCUAACAUUCCUCGAUUCGCAUUGCGAGUGCAAUGAAAAGUGGUUGGAGCCGUUACUUGAACGUGUUGCGGAAAAUGACACGAGAGUUGUGUGUCCCGUUAUCGAUGUCAUUAGUAUGGAUAGUUUUCAGUAUAUUGGAGCGUCGUCUGAUUUGAGGGGCGGUUUCGAUUGGAAUUUGGUUUUUAAAUGGGAAUAUCUCAGUCCUGACGAACGACAACAACGACAAAAAGAUCCCACAAGUGCUAUUCGUACGCCAAUGAUCGCCGGCGGGCUUUUUGUCAUCAAGAGAGCUUAUUUCGAGAAAUUGGGCAAAUAUGACAUGAAAAUGGAUGUUUGGGGCGGCGAAAACCUCGAAAUAUCGUUCCGUGUGUGGAUGUGCGGCGGAUCUCUCGAAAUAAUUCCUUGCAGUCGUGUCGGGCAUGUCUUCCGCAAACGUCAUCCGUACAGUUUCCCCGGCGGGAGUGGCAAUGUUUUCGCUCGUAACACUCGUCGAGCAGCCGAAGUUUGGAUGGAUGACUACAAAAAGUACUAUUACUCCUCCGUACCGCUCGCGAAAAACAUUCCCUUUGGUAAAAUCGACGACAGACUCGAGCUGAAGCAACGAUUGCAGUGCAAACCGUUCAAAUGGUAUUUGGAGCACGUGUAUCCGGAACUAACGAUUCCCGAGUCGCAGUUGAAGGGCUCGUUGCGUCAAGGAUUGUUCUGCUUAGAUACGCUCGGGCAUCUCAUUGAUGGCACCGUGGGAUUGUAUCAAUGCCACGAAACGGGCGGAAAUCAAGAAUGGACAUUUAGCAAAAAAGGUCAAUUGAAACACUUAGAUUUAUGCCUAACUCUAGUCAAUUUUACGCGCGGAUCAAUGGUUGUUAUGAAAAUAUGUGAUGACAGUCUCGAGAAUCAGAUGUGGCGAUUCCGUGAUGGCGGACUCAUUCAGCAUACGAAGCUGAAUGUUUGCUUGGAUUCAAGAUACUCGCAAGUGAGUGGCGUUACUGCCGAGAGAUGCAACUCCGCAUUGCAAAGCCAAAUUUGGAAAUUCAAUACGCAAUAAACUCGUGACAAACUCGAAAAAAAAAAUUAAUAAUAAAACUUACUUAAUGGUUUUCACUCAUCCAUCAAAGAAAAAGAAUAUUGUUACCAAAAAAGUAUUAGUUUUUACAUCUCUUCCGACAAUAAAUAUUUAACAAAAAUGAAAUUUCGACAAAAUUAUGAUUGAAAUUGACAAAAUUUGAAUUAUUACGUCAAAAAAUUUUACAUUUACAAGAGAAAAUCGUCGAAAAAAUAUUAUGAAAAACUGAAUUUACCUUAAAAAUAUUUAAUAUUUUAUUGAAUAUUAUUCUAUUGAAGAAAAAAAUAAACAAUUAAAAUUAAUAAAUCACUGUGUAAUAACUAGUUAAUAGUAGAUAAGCAAAAAUUGAUAUGAUAUUGAUAGGUUUAGUCCUUAUAAAUAGGUUAAUAUUGAUAAAUAAAA